AUGCAGCCCCUUCACAGCACCACAGCCUCACUGUGUCUUGUGCUACUAGCCCUCGCAGCGACAGCACAAGCCUCCUUCAUCAGCACAUUCCUAUUCGGCAAGGACACGCUCGAGCCUGUCCGAGCCGCCAUACGCCAAACCGAGCAGUUCCGCUCAGAAGUCUACGGCUGGUACCACCACAACACCACCCAGCAGGCCAACCUUACCGUAACUCCUGAUCCGUCUGACCUGUACAAGCUUCUACCUUCCACGUAUUCGGGUCGUAGCUUGGUCGAUCCGGACGGCUCGUACUAUGGGGGCAUCGAAGGGUACUACAAAGGCGAUUGGAGCGGGUGGGACUACAGCACACAGGCGAAUAGGUCGUUGGCUUUGGACUCGAGGUUGAAUCAGUCCGCUGCGCUGGAGCUGUCCAAAGGGAAGCAAGAGGUAACGCCGGAAUACGUGGAUGGCCGAGAAGAACAUAAACUCAUAGAGGAUCGAGGUAAAUUCGAUUGGCUAACGGCCAAGACGGGGCAUGUGGACCUGCACCUCAAAGAGGAGCGUCUUUUGGAGGGAAACGUGUCGCUCAUCAAAGGAAGUCUCAGUUUCACAGCUCCGAAGGAUAGCAAGAGCUCAGUGGACGAGGUCGACUUUUACUUGGAAGGUCUGCAUUUCAUCCCCACGGGCAGCAUCUUCUUGCAUGCCGUUGCCGAGGAGGCCUCUGAGAGCACGGAUGUUCGCACGACGCUAAGCAUGAUUCCCACGGGCAACAACGAGACGGCAAACGCAACAGUAGCUGCUAUGGACAAAGCGUUCCAGCUACGCAUCGACAUGCUGCAACGAAUCAUCGACGGCGGGUCGUACGAAUCCGACGAUGGCGCUUCCGACACGCCUGCUGUGAAACACAACUGCUCGCUGCACGUCUACGCCCAGCUGCAAUCCGCCGGACCGCACUCCGAACUCCAACCCCUCAUCAACGCUCUCGAACACGAAGCCGUCCACCCAACCGGUAUCAGCACCAUCCCACCGCCGCCCCUCCACCUCUCCCUGCUCGCCUACUCCCCCACCUGCCAACUCCUCCUUGCCUCCCCCCGUCCCCUCACCGGUCUCCUCCAAACAACGCUCUGGAAGAAAGCAGUCCACUACGCCAUCAUCUACUUCCUCAUCCUCUUGCUCCAAACCUAUCUGCUGGUGCAACAGAUGGAAGCCACCACCACACCCAGCGGUUUGGCAAAGGUGAGCAGCAAGACGUGGUUGGCGCAGUCGCUGUUGGAUGCGUACGGGUGUCUGAUCCAUCUCAGUGUGGCGGUGGUGGUAGAGAACGAGACGACGAAAGGGUUGCUGGCGUGUGCGUUUAUGAGUGGGGUGUGCUUUUUAGCGUUUGGAUACAGGUAUGCGAUUACGAUCUAUCGGAGUCAGAUGGAUGCGAUGCCUGCCACGACGACGCAGGCGGGGCCGACGCAGCAGCGGGAAGAGACGGGGCAGGCGGACACGGGUGCAGCUGCGAUACUGACGACGACGACGGCGACAGAUGCUGCGUCUGCCACUGCCACUACCCCGACCGCGGAAGAAGUCCGAGCGCGACGUCGCGGCAUGACCAUCGCCGCCGUCGGUCUGUUCCUCUUCAUGGUCGGAUUCUUUCCCAUCCUCACCGUCUCGCUCAUGCUCCCCAUCCUCUACUCGUUCUGGAUCCCGCAGAUCCACCGGAACAUCCAACGCGGUACGCGCAAAGCCAUCCUCAAACGCACCGUUGUAGGGCUGAGCGCGACGCGGCUGUUUGUUCCGCUGUACAUACUGGUGUGCCCGGACAACGUGCUGUUCAGCGAGCCGAGUGCGUGGGGGUGGGCGUUGGCGGCGUACGUGGCGGUGCAGGCGGCGGUGCUGAUCGGGCAGGAUGUGUUGGGACCGCACUGGUUUUUGAGGAGCGAGUGGGUGCCGGAGGGCGCGGCGAGGACGUGGGAGUACCACCCGGCGGUGGAGGACGGAGAUGUGGAGAGGACGCGAGAGGGGUAUGGCGAUUGCGCGAUUUGUCUUGCUGCCAUCGAGAGUAGAGGGGCGAGGCGACGGUCGGGUUCGUCGACACGAGGGAGUGGUGGUGCAUGGUGGUGGUAUCCGUCCGAUUCGAAGCAUGGAUACGAUCGUAUCGCUGGCGAUGCCGAGGGUUACGAGCUCGACUCAGACGACGAUCCAGAAACUCGAUCGACGCAUGUCUCAACGCCCAGAUACCCGCCGGAAAAAGCCCGACACCGCUUCACCAGCCACACCAGCAGCAGCGAUGCCACCACCAGACGGCUGCGCAGAACCAUCGCGCAAACCAUCCGUACCCUCCUGCGGUGGAAGUCCGGCCUGGACGCUACCGCCACGUUGCGCCGUCGACGGACGGACGUCAUGGUCGCACCGUGUCAGCACGCCUUCCACACCGAGUGCCUCGAGCGGUGGUUGGAGAUCAAGAACGAAUGUCCCAGCUGUAGAAGUGCUCUACCGCCUGUAUAG